CCAACGGGAAAGACGACGAUGACGAAGACGGACGGUUGAGCCGUUGCGCCGCUGGUGCGGGGAGGCGUUGGGCGAAGCGGCGUCAUGGCCACGUCGGCCGACGGGUAGACCUGCGGCACCGCCGUCAGGUUUGCGCUUGGCCUCUGCGGCGCGCCCAUGUCCAAGACGGCGACCAAGCCGGCCUUGGCCAAGAUCCAGCGGGAGCUGCGCGAGAUCAGCCGAGACCCGCCGACCAACUGCUCGGCCGGGCCCGUGGACCCGAGCGACUUGUUCCUAUGGCAGGCCACCAUCGUAGGGCCCGACGACUCGCCGUUCGAAAAAGGAGUUUUCAAGCUUAAAAUUCGCUUCCCGGAGGACUACCCUUUCAAGCCGCCCGAGGUAAAGUUCAACACGCGUAUCUACCACCCGAACAUCAACAACAACGGCUACAUCUGCCUGGACAUUCUCAAGUCCCACUGGUGCCCGUCUCUGACCAUCGCCACGGUGCUGAUAUCCAUCAUGGUGCUCAUGUGCGACCCAAAUCCUGACGACCCUCUCGUGCCCGAGGUGGCCAACGUGUACAAGACGGACAAAGACGCCUACAAUGCCAUCGCCAAGGAGUGGACUAGACGAUACGCCAUGGAGUGACACCGCGGGACGCUUCCGCCAAUCGCGCAGAUGCGAGGGAAAAAAAAAAUUCAAGAGCCCGACGACUGUCCUCUCCCGUAAACUGUUCUCAUCGGGUUAGCGUCACAUGGGCUUGACUGUUAUUUCAAAGCGGUUUAUGACACGAAUGAGGCCUACAAGUUUAUCGCGAAGAAGAAGGCGUCGUAGUGUAUACUGUGGCACGAUUCGGCACAGUGGUUCUGUCAUUAUUCGCACUGGAAGACACGACGUAAAUUGAAAUGCCGCUCGCUUGCGCCCUCCCCUAGUCACCAUACACGCGAACCUCAAUUCUCUUUCUUAGUCUUUGGUCACUUGGUAUAGCUAGUAAAAUCCAUGCUUCUCCACACGGAGGCGCUACAGCGCCUGUAUGAAGAAGGAUAAAUAAAGUGAUGAGAGUAUUUAGCCA